ACACAAGUGGACAUCGUCAGCGAGUCAGGAUGCAUCUGUCCACGAGCCUCGUCUUCUGCGCCGCCACCGCUCUGCUCGCGGCGGCGCAAUCCUCAGGAGGCGAUCGGGAGUCAGAUGGCCAGUGGCCGAAUCCAUUUUUCUUCCUGUGCCCUAUCGCCCACGCGCUUUGCCCCUGCAACACGUCGGGACCCGCGCACACGCCUCUCGCCAGAACGUCUGAGCUGUUCGAGAGGAUUUCCAAUGGAAUAGGAAAUGAUGUUCGCUUAUGGAACGGCUCGCUUCAGUCAAGAACACCUGAGAUGUUCGAGAGGAUUUCCAAAGGCAUUGGAAAUAAUAACUUUUGGAAUGGCACGCUUCCAUAUCAACAUUAG